AACAACACGACACCGUUGUGAAUCCCUCAAAUGUUUUUGAAGUAUGGUAAGUAUUUUUUUGUUUUUUGUGAAAGGCAACCCUGCUUGGGCUGGAAACUGAUUUCGGGGAGUUCCCUAAUUGAGCAUAAAAUUUAAGUUUUGCCGCAAAAAUCAAUUUUACUACGACAAAGGAGAUUCUUGGCCGAAACUUGUUCCUUGGUGACAACGUGGUUGAUUUUACUUCCGUUUAUCAUAUUUUUUACCAAAGUACCUACAUAUAAUUGCUGUGGUUUUAACUGAAACUGAACUGAACACGUUAAAGUUUUAUAUAUUUGUUUGCUUUUUAAACAUUGAUACAAAAUGUCCAACAAACUUAGUGAUGCCAUUGGAAAAUAUCUCGAAGACGCAUUCGGAAAUGAGCAAACCGAGAGGUUACGGUUCAAAUACUGUCUCGUAACUUCUUCAGUGGAUAAGGGACGAGAAAUUCAUGUAACAUAUCAAAUCGAAAAGAAAGGAGAGGAUCCGGAUCAAUGCGGAACAUGUAUCUUGCCCGUCGUUUUAAAAGCAGAAAAUUCAAAUGCAAGCAAUUGUAUUGACUUUUCAAUGCAUUUGGUAGUUUUACCCAAGAUGAAACAAAUUUAUGAAGAUAAUUUGGAACGCUGCGGCAACUCCAGCUCGGACGCAAAUCAAAGCCUUCUAAGGAAAGACGUGAAUAAUCCGGAUAAAUCGAGUAAUUCGGAUGAUGAUAUGUAUAUACCACAGUUUAGCCUACAAUAUAAUUAUUGCGACGAUAACAUCUUGGUGUUGGAGAAUUUUACAAAAUUUCAAUGCGUUAAGAGAAGUGAAAUGUGUUUCGACAAAGCAGAAGCAGUUAUAAAAAAACUUGCGCAAUUUCAUGCCAUAUCGAUGGUUUAUUUAAAAGAGCAUCCUGCUAAUGGAAUUGUUUUCCAAACUCCGCCAUUGUUGGCUAAAGACGAUGUAGAAAAACGCAUGCAUGCUGCCAUUAAAGCUGUGGAGGAGAUUUUCCCUCAGUUUGAGGAAAUCUGUACAAAAAUGCGCAAAAAUGCGGAUUCAUUUCAUCAACGCAUUACUGAUUUGCUGGAGAAAAGACGUUGUCAGUUCAAAGUGAUCGCGCUUGGUGAUUUAUCAAUGCAGAAUAUCAUUUUUGAUGGCAAAUGUGGACGAUAUUCUUUGUUUAAAAACUUCGAAAGCUGUUUUAUUGGCAGUUGCGGUUACGACUUAAAUUUCUUCUUUAACGCCUGCGUAAGCUUGAAAGUGUUAGCCUUGCAUCGUUAUGACUUACUUCGAGUCUACCAUCAGCACCUGACUCAGAUAUUAAAAUGUUUUGACGAUUGCUUCGUUCCAAGUUUGCAAACAAUUUUGGAUGAAGUGCGGGAUUUGGAAUUGUUUGGUUUCUAUGUAUUGCUUUGCAAAAUGCCUUUUUGCGAUGAAGAAAGCGAUUUUCGAAAAGGAUAUGUUAUGGAAAAGUCGGUUGUCAAGACUUUCGCAUUUGAAGAAGAUUACGAAAGAGUACUCCAUCAAGAGGACAUUCAGGAGAUAUUAAAAUAUGGGCUUGACCGUUUCAACGAUCUUCGUUUGUGGGACGACAACACAAAUGAUAAUGUGAUUAAGAAGGAAAAACAGGAAGAUGCAUAUGGAUUCGUUAUGUUGGAAAGGCAAACUAUUUAACAAUGCAAAGUCUAUCUACAUAGAUUGAAUUUGAAAUAUCUUUGAAUGCACGCAUAUGUAUACCGUGAGUUUAGUUUGAAAUGCAUUAUUUUUCUUUUAAAAUAAUUUGAAAUGUUUUAGUUACCAAAGUUACAAGCCUUAAAUGUUAAAUGUUUUCUUUUUGUAUGUUAGUUAUGCGAAAUAAUGUUUAUUUAGCGUUUAAAUCGCUAGUGUUUGCACUGUUUCUUCUUCAUGUAAAUUAAAUAUUACAAUAAAAUUUAUUUCUGAAGUGUUAUUUAAUAUAUUAACGGUUUUUUUUUUGUAAUACGUAAAUCUAUUUUGCUGUUGUUUUUGUGGCGGCUACUUAACCCUACCUAGAAUUGGGUCGUCCCUCAAUCGUUUCCAUCAAGAUAAUUUAAUGUUCAAGAAAACGUGCUGUAUCAGCGGGGCUGGGUUUAGGAGACAAGGUGUGGUUGGUGUCGUGAGCUAAAUAUUUAAAUGCAUAACAUACUUUGGGGAGUCAAGUUUGGAUAAGUAGGAGUUUGAGUUGCUACAAUACCCCGACUAACAUUUUCAGACUAGCGCAGAAUAGCGCGAAUCUCAGGCAGCUAAACCUCUUUUCUGCAUUGGAUGGUGAUUGAACUCCGAUGGUGGCAUUUAGCGGGCGAAGGUUGGUUAAGUUGGUAGCCUCUCUGUCGUUAAGGGCUUGUUCGCACAACGUACGUAACCCCGAAUCUCGUUCUUUAGUUGAUAGAAAUUGGUUCAGGCGUGUAUUAGAGGAGCAUCUGCUUGAUAACAAACAACGGUUAAAAGCGUGCGUCGUCGAUCUAAACAGGUAAAUCGCUAUCCAUUCCGGCACGUAGAGCCAGAUGACUUGAAAAUUAUUUGAAACAGGUGUAUACCUUUAGUUGUUAUCUUUUUCCCCCUUCCAGAGGCACUUUCUAAGCCAUGAAUUCAAAAAAAUUGCUUUUAAUUUGGUUGUUUGUUGAAUUGUGUUUGCAUUUAUUUCGUUUUUGUCUCAAUGUUUUUUUAUUAAUACAUACAUCUAAAUACAUUGUUUAAAAUAUACAAACAUAGUAUGUAUGUUAUUGCAUACACGAUAAUUGGCUGCGAAACACUAGAGUUAAAUAAAAUACAGUAAAAUAAAACAAAGCAAAAAAUAUUGUACUGUUAAGAUGUGGCAGAGGCACAGCCACAAAUGAGAAAGCGUACAAAGAUGUUGCGCGCUUUGCCAUUCAUCUUGCACUUUGAAGUGUUAAUUUUUAUACAUAAAUAUGCAUGUACUGUACAUAGAUAGAUAAGUGAUUAAUAAAGUUUUGACAAAAUCAAGACGCUACUCAAACGGCAGUGUCGCUGAUAAAAGCAACGUUUGAGUGGAGUGUGAUUUCGGGUGCCUCAAAUCGAAGUAACAAUGUAGACUGAUUUUGUUUCAAGCAUGCCAGGCAAAUAUACAUGGUAUAUAGUAGUUUAGCUUUUAAAAAUGCAGGCAGCAUGCACAGGCGAUGCACAGGCGACAGGCAACUUAAAAGCUAAUUGUUUUUGUUUGCUGCUAAGCACAUAAAUUUUGUAUUUUCCAGUUUUAUGGUUGGCUUAGCAGGUGUUUUUGCCUUUUUAGCGCACAAAAGUAUACACUGGGUAGGUGCGAUGAGUUACAGCAAGAAUCCGUAUAAAUUGUUUUCUUAAUUUUGUUUAAGAAUAAUAUACAGUAGUUACCAUAGCAGAAGGCAUGAGUUUUGAACAUAGAAUAAUUGAGUACACUCAAAUUAUAAACUAAUUUUGAAAUUAUUUGUACUUCGUUUAAGGAAUAUAAGGAAUAUGUAGUGUAGGAUAGUAGCUGUAAAAGGCAAAUCGUAUGAGAGGCAUGGUUUAGAAGCAGUGAACAGCUUUACAUCCUUUGAAACUUCGGCUUUUUCGCAAGCCAAAUACUUUUGUGAAAUUAGCGCUCUUUUGGGUUUACUAAAAAGCGGUAAUUGUCACUAAAGCGCAAAAUGUGAAGCCCUUUACAC